UUACCAAAAAAAAAAAAAACUUCCUCUAGUAGAUAACAAAUGAGACCUAAGAAAGAGAAGCCCCUUAAAAAAUUUCUUAUAAAUCUCCCACUUCAUUUGCUUCAUCAAUCAAUCUCCACACACAAAAACACAAACACACACAAAACAUGAAGAAACUUUCCUUCCUUCUUCUUCCCAUUUUGCUACUUGUAAUAAUUUCUCAUGUUCACUCCCAGCUACCUUCUCGAGCACCAGUCAACUGGUAUGUGCUUCAAUGGCCACCAACUUACUGUAUCCAACUGAAUAAUGAAAACCCGCCAGGCAGGUGCAUAGAACCAAUUCUUGAACAUAAUUUCACACUCCAUGGCCUUUGGCCAGCAGAUGCAAAUGGAUACACAAUUAGUUGUACGGAUUCAGUAACUGUAAAUUGGAACCAGCUGAUUCCACCAAUCGAAAGUGAACUUAAUAAAUUCUGGCCAAAUCUUAGAGAAGGCCUACCCAAAUGGAGCUUAUGGAAGAAUGAGUAUAACAAACAUGGAGUAUGUGGGGGUUUAGCAGCAAAAGAGUACUUUGAUGCAGCUAUAAGUAUCAAUAAGAAGAUUACAUUGGGAAACUUGUUCAAUUACUUGAAAACAAGUGGUAUUAUUGCGUGUGAUAGCUUGGCUUUUACUAAAGAUCAAAUUAUUACCGCUGUCCAGAAGGUGUUUUCGUCUCCGCUUCAUGUUUACCUCAGGUGUCCUUCAACUGGCAAAAACGCCACUCAUGGUUACUUGAAUGAGGUUGUCCUGUGCACUGAUUUGGUUAAGGGCCAAUAUAAUUUCAUUUCAUGCCCUCAACCAGCUACUCCACAAACUUGUGACAAAUUUCAGUGGCUAAUGCUCCCUCAUCCACAACCUCAAAGCACAAAAGCAGCACAAAGAUUUGAGGAAGAAAUAGAUGAGACAUCUCCUGAGCUUGAACAAUCAUGGGCUAAAUAUGCAUUUAGCAUCUAGAUUAAUGAAAAAAGACAGUCCGAUACAUUAUCGAUAUUACUAUGCACAGAGUUUGAGAAAGUAUCGGAUGAGAAGCAAUUAAUAUUAAUGCUUGGCUUAAAAUAAAUAAAAAGAGGGGAAUGGAAUAUGAUGUAACUGAUGACGUGUAAGCAUGAUGCUCACUCACAGUGUAAAAAUAAAUUUCUAUUAUCUUAAAUAAAAGUUUUAUCCUA